GACUCCGACAAUGACGCUGACCGGCGCGGCCAUCCAAAUUCCUGCGGCGAAACUGAGAUGCAUAAGCCCACUCAACGUGGUCGAGCAGAAAGACAAGUGUCGCAUGAUUCUGGAUCUCCGAAAGGUGAACGACGCAAUAAUCGUCCCCAAAUUUAAAUAUGAGGGACUCAACCGCGUAGCGGACCUCGCCCGCCAAGGAGAUUGGAUGUUCUCCAUCGACUUGAAAUCAGGCUACCACCAUGUCGACAUCCACCCCUCGUGCUGGACGUUCCUCGGCUUUGAAUUCGACGGGCGCACAUACGCCUUCCGAUCCUUGCCGUUCGGCCUCGCCACAGCACCAUUCGUCUUCACGCAGCUCAUCAAGCAAUUAGCUCGGCGAUGGCGGGAGCAGGGGGUCCGCGUGAUACCCUACGUGGACGAUAUCCUCUUCCUGUGCUCGACCCAGGCACACGCUCAAGCCACGUGCCAACGGAUCGUUAUCGAUCUCAAGGCUGCCGGGCUCGUACUCAACUCAAAAAAGUCAAAGCUGAUACCAACACAGCACCUUCGGUUCCUUGGCGUAGAACUUGACACACAGGCCGGCCGACAACCGCCCAUCUCCAAUGGACAGCCGGUCACUUGAACGGGAGCACACAACUAGGAUCAUGAUGC